AUGAAAGAGAAUGAGAAGAGAGAAAAGGACAGAGAAAAAGGAAGAACGAAAAGAUGCGAGACAAAGAGCUGAUGAAAUCAGCUGGGAAAAAGUGUGGAAUGCUGAACAGACUCCAUUGCGAGUCGGAAUCAUUCAAAAUGGAUCUCAUCCUGGACAUCAACAGUUGGUUAUACCCAAUGGAACUAGGAGAUAAAUUCCGUCUUGUGCUGUCGACGACGUUACGUGAAGAUGGAUAUCCAGAUGGUAACGAGUGGAAUCCUAUGGAACAAGAGGGAGGUUCCAGGGCGGAUAGUUUUGAGUACGUCAUGUCUGGCAAGGUGUAUCGAAUUGAAGGUGACGAAGCCAACAACGAACCCAGCAGCAGACUAUCUGCCUAUGUAUCUUUUGGAGGUCUGCUGAUGAGGUUACAAGGUGAUGCGAAUAAUCUGCACGGCUUCGAGAUAGAUCAACACAUGUACCUAUUAAUGAAGAAACUUGCAUUUUGAUAUUUCUAUCGUCAAUUUUUUAUCAUUUAGAAAUUCUUUCAAUAAAUAUAUCUAUUAGU